GCAAAAAAGCAUGCUGGACUGCUUAUAGCUCUGCAUACAAAACACAUAGCAACAAACACAUUGCAGGCUUAAUACUGUAGUUCGACAGUAAAUACAUGACACAUAAUUACGUAAUUUCCUCACUCAUCCUCAGUAACAUACAUAAAUAUCAGUACAAACAUUGUACGUUAUAUUAAAGCACAGUAUUGAUCAUGAUAACGAUGUGUUUGUAUUUUUUGUCCAGAAAAUAACCAAGCUUAAACUGACGUGGUUAUACAUAUAUUUGGCAUAAUAUUCGUUGCAAUCUCCAACUCCAGUGGAACGGAUGAUUGAUUCACCUUUAUUUAUAAAGUGACCACUAAAACUUAAAAAUAUUUCAUCAAUUGACCAACAACAAAAAUUAAGUUUAAUUUAAGUUGAGAAUUUUUUUGUCUGUUUUAGCAUUGUAUAAAGUGUACUUUAACCAGUAUAUUUCCUUGCAAAAAUCGUGCCUCAGUUUACUUUUCACACAGAAAUAAAUAAAAGUGUGAUAUAUAUUACAUUGCAAAAAUAUUUCCUCGCAAAUAAAUUUCCUCGCAAAAAGCGUGUCUCAUUUUACAUUAUAUUACACAAAUAACUAAAAGUGUACCACCACAUAUAUUUCCUUGAAAAAAAAUUUAUUUGCAAAAAUCGUACCUCGUUUUACUUUACAUACCUGUACACAUAAAAGAGUGCUAAAUUUCCUUGCAAAAAUACAAAUAUCCCCUCGCAAAAAUAAUGGGCAUCCUCCUCAUCUUGGCCGGACUUGUGGUUCUUCUCGUCCUCCUUUGGCAAUGGCACUAUCACAAGAAUAAGGUCUACUUUGAGUCUAAGCGGAUUCCCUACCGGGGAAACGGUAUCUUCCGCGUGGUCCUUAAUUCCUUCAAGGGGCUCAGCAUCCUAGACGACGUCAUCUCCUCGUAUAAAAGAGAUAAGGCGGAAAAUGCCUUGGUCACGGGAAACAAUGAUUUUGGCGUGAUCACGCUCGGAAUCCAGGACCCUGACUUGCUCAAAGCCAUCCUCGUCAAGGAUUUCGACCAUUUCGCGGAUCGCAGGAUGUUCAGCGCCCCCAAGAAUGACUACCUUUUCAAGAAAAUGCUAUUCUUUCAAAAAGGCGAACAAUGGAAAGCGUUACGAUCAAAAUUAAGCCCGACCUUCACCACGGGCAAAAUCAAACGGCUCUUUUCCCUGUUUGACCAAAGCGGGAAAAAAUUGGUGAAAUACGUCGAGCAAGAAAUUGGCGGGAACGGGGAUGGCGGGGAAUUUGACAUAAUUGAGGCCUACUCCAAAUUCACGAUGGACAUUAUCGCCUCCUCCGUUUGUGGUAUCGACUCGCACGCCUUUGAUCAAAAGGAACCCUCCUUCUUUGAAAAGAUGGGACAGAAAAUGCAGCUAAGUUUCGAUGGAUUUACAUUGCUCAAAAUUAUCGUAAUCUCGCUAUCUACCACGAUAGGAGACUUUUUUGGCUUUUCGUUCUUCGCGAGAGACGUCCAAGAUUUUUUCUCCGUCGCGAUCAAAUCCUCGAUUCACGAUCGCCAAGUCAAAAACGAGAAGCGGAACGACUUCAUUCAAUUGAUGCUCGAGGCGCGGGAGGACAAGUUGAAAAUCGAGGACCACGAAUUGGACCGCUUUGAGCGGGACGCCAUCAUCAAAACCGAGACGACGACGGACAAAGCGUCCACGGCGGAACUUCUGGAUGACGACGGGAUCGUGGCGAAUGCCGUGUUGUUCAUGCUGGCCGGAUACGACACGACCCAGUCGCUCCUCAUUUUCGUAGCGUACGCGCUCGCACUCUAUCCAGACAUUCAGGACAAAUUGAGAACGGAAAUUGACCAAGUUCUGGAAGAAAAUGGGGGCGAAUUUAGUUAUGAUUCGUUAAAUAAGAUGACUUAUCUCGACAUGGUUAUCAAUGAAACGCUGCGCUUCUACCCGCCCGCGACUGUGACGGAUCGUGGGUGCACGAAGGACUACAAAAUUCCGGGGACCGAGUUUAUCCUAAAGAAAGGGCAAGGUCUUAUCAUUCCGAUUUACGGACUGCAUCACGACGCCGACUAUUUCCCAGAACCUGAAAAAUUCGAUCCUGAACGAUUCUCGGCAGAAAAUAAAGCAAAAAUCAAUCAAUAUGCAUAUCUUCCGUUUGGUGGGGGUCCCAGAAAUUGCAUCGGGAUGCGGUUUGCCCUGGCCGAGGUGAAAGUCGCGAUUUCCCAUUUGGUCCACAACUUUAGGAUCGAACCAUCCAAGAAAACACUCAUUCCGAUGAAAUUUUCGAAAUCAAAUUCUCUCAAACCACAAGGCGGCAUGUUUCUUGGUCUCCACAAAAUCCAGCAUUAACCAAUUUACACAAAUGCAAUUUUAUGUUAUUAAGAUAAUCUCCAUUCUACAUGUGUAAAUAAAUUUACGGCUUCUUUCAUUUAUCCUUACAUAAGAA